CUUUAUCGCUGUAACUUCGUGAGGCUGCGUUCCAAGUUACAACUCUCUUACCAAUUCAGAGGCUCUGGCAGCAUAAAUACUUACAAUCUCACAAUAACACGUUAAGAAUCGGAGUUAAUUACCUCAUCCGGUUAACAAUAGAUUUCCCUCCUCGACACAUACCUACUUGAUUGUAUCCAAGAUGGGCGCUAAAGUUCCUCGAAAUUUCCGUCUCUUGGAGGAGUUGGAAAAGGGAGAGAAGGGAUUGGGAGCUGAGGCAUGCUCUUAUGGUUUAGAUAACCCUGAAGACCUCCUAAUGUCCGACUGGAACGGCACUAUUCUGGGACCUCCCCACAGCGUACACGAGAACCGAAUCUACUCCGUUAAAAUGCACUGUGGUGAUCAGUACCCCGACAAGCCACCCACGAUCCAGUUUGUCAGCCAAGUCAACCUCCCGUGUGUCAACCAAAGGAAUGGAGUGGUAGACCCAAACCAAUUACCAUGCUUAGCGAACUGGAAGCGAGACAAUACCAUGGAGACUAUCCUGAUCGAACUUCGGAGAUACAUGGCAUCGAGUCAGUGCAAGAAGCUUCCUCAGCCACCCGAAGGAUCAGUUUACCCCGGCCAGUAGGAUAGUUGCAUCGAGGAAGCUUUCGAGAGGGGGUUGAAUUUGACAGACAACGCGCAACCUCCAGCAUCCUAGACACGGGUCUUGGAAGAGACCCAGAUUCUGAUUUUGAUGUUUUCCCCAGUAUGAUCGUGCUAGUGCUUGAUAGAUCAACUCAUUGCAUCAUAGCGAGGCCAGAACCAUCGCGGAGGAAUCUCCAAUUGAAAGGGACGGAAGGUUUAAGUCCUGGAGUUUUGGCAUGAAUAAACAAUGAAUUAACCAUUAUCCUCUAUUGUAUGAGCA